GAGAAUCAGUGUGCAGCAGAUAAAACGACAGCAUUGGAAGUUUCUGAGAUCAAAACAGUUUUUUUUAUGUAACUAAAAUUUCUUGGAACCAUGUUCACUGUGGAAGCUGGCUAUGUUUGGGCCUGCCUUUUUCUUUGCUGGCCGGUGAAAGCUUGUGAUACACUUGAUGACCUUAUUGGAGCCAAAAGCCAAGGAGACAUCAAUAUUGGUGGAAUCUUUCCAAUCCAUGGAGACGUGGAAAAUGUAAACACUCGCAAUAAACCAAAUGCAGUAAAAUGCAAAGUAUUUGACUCUCAGAGAUUUAUCUGGCUCCAGUCUAUGAUACACACUAUUGAAAUGAUUAACAACUCUACCCUACUACCGGGUAUUAAACUUGGAUAUGAGAUACAUGAUUCCUGUACAGAUGCCACCAGAGCUGUGAAGGCUGCAAUGAGAUUUCUUUCCAAGACAAAUAGCUCAGAAAAUUGUCUGGAGGUUCGAUGCAAUUACACAGAUUACCAGCCAAUUGUAAAAGCUGUUAUAGGAGAAGUUUAUUCUGAGUUGUCGAUUCCUAUCGCAAGAAUAUUUAAUGUAGCACUUAUGCCUCAGAUAAGUUUCGCAUCAUCUGCUGCAAUCCUUAGUGACAAGUUGAGAUUUAUGUCAUUUUUACGCACUGUUCCAAGUGACAUCCAUCAGACAAAGGCCUUGGCUGAAUUUAUUAGCAACUCUCAUUGGAAUUGGAUUGGGGUCAUUGCAACAGAUGAUGACUAUGGCAAAUCUGCAAUGACUGAUUUCAUUUCAAAUGCACAACAGCUCGACAUUUGUAUUGCUUUUCAGGAACUGAUUUCAACAUUUGUUGGUAGCAGACAGCAUGAUGAGGCAAUACAGGCCUUGGUUUCAAAAACUGAAGCUGUUCCUAAUGUGAAUGUUCUUGUUCUCUUUGCUAAAUCACAAGUUGUCACCAAAGUGCUGAAGGAAAUAGUUUGGCGUAAUAUUACUAAAACAUGGAUUGCCAGUGAUGCCUGGGCCGUAUCCAGAACUGUUGCGUCGAUGCCAAAUAUUGAAAAAGUUGGAAACAUAUUUGGGUUGACUUUCAAGAUGGGACAAAUUCCAGGCUUUCCAGAACACUUAAGGAACCUAAAGGCAGGACCUGGGGCUGUUAACAAGUUCAUUGAAGAAUACAGGCAACUUCGUUUUACAUGUUCAGAGGAGUCCCACAAUGUCACAAUGACAAGCAAUUCAAGCUCAGAAAACUAUUCCCUUUCAGGUUCUUUGAAACAAGUAUCUCUUCAUACUUGUACCAAAAUAAAUGAAUUUAUUGAAAAUUUUAAUGACGAUUAUUUGGUUCAAAAUAUUGAGCAAAGUGGCACAUAUGCAACAUACCUUGCAGUCCAAUCAAUAGCUCAUGCUCUGAGGAACCUUCUCAAAUGUCAUGAAGGAACAUGCCAAAAAAAUUUCAAUUUUGCACCAUGGCAGCUACUUGAAGUACUGAGAGAAGUGAAUUUCACUGAAGGGGGGAAACCAUUUUACUUUGACAAAUCUGGAGAUUCUGUAAAUGGAUACAACUUGAUAAAGUGGAUUGUGGACAAAGGCACAAUACAGUUUAAAACAGUUGGAGAGUAUAAUGUUCUGGAUAGAAAAAUCUACAUUUAUGACAAGGCCAUCAGAAACAUUACAGAGGCUGUAUUUUCUAACUGCUCAGUAUCCUGCAAACCUGGACAAAGGAAGAUCGUGAAUUCCUCACAGACCUGUUGCUAUGAUUGCGUACCUUGUGCAGAGGGAUACUACUCUGUAGGUUGGGAUAUGAACAACUGUUUGAAAUGCUCAAUCGACCAGUGGUCUGAAGCAGAAAGUUCAGUGUGCUUUAACAGAACCACGCAAUUCUUUAAAUGGAAUGAUGGAUUUGCGAUUGUCCUGGUAGUUUUUGCUUGUUUGGGUGUUAUUUUAAUAUUUGCAAUUGUUGUAAUGGUUUCGCUGAAUUUGAAUACGCCCCCAAUUAAGUCUAUUGGAGGUAUGUUCUGUUAUGUAAUACUCUUCUCGUUGAUCCUUAGUUUUGUCAGUACUGUUUUUUUUAUUGGUGAACCAACAAGUUAUGGCUGCUACAUUAGACAGCCCCUGUUUGGCAUAAGCUUUACUAUUUGUGUUUCUUGGAUUUUGAUCAAAUCUUUCAAGAUCGUUCUCGCAUUUAAGUUUGAUCCCGUUGAUCGUCAAAAAAUGAUGCGAUUAUAUAAACCCAUACCAAUUCUGCUGACCUGUAAUGUAAUUCAGGUAAUUAUUUGUACACUGUGGUUGACACUUAAAGGACCCCGCUUUGUAAAAAGUUAUGACAUUCCUAAAAUUAUUGUACUUAAAUGUGAAGAAGGCUCCAAUGUGGCAUUUGGCGUAAUGUUAGGAUAUAUAGCUGUACUUGCAAUUUUUUGUUUCCUACUCGCAUUUAUGGGCAGGAAGGUACCAGAUAUCUACAAGGAGGCCAAAUUUAUCACAUUCAGCAUGCUCAUUUACUUAAUUGUAUGGAUUUCCUUUGUUCCUGUGUAUAGUAACACUGACGCUCAAUAUCUCCCGGCAAUUGAAGUAGUGGCAAUCUUAGCAUCAAACUAUGGCAUUUUAUGUUGCCAUUUCUUGCCAAAGUGCUACAUUGUUUAUUUCAGGAAAAAUGCAAAUACAGCUGCUGGAGUCAUGCAGCGUGUGAGUACAUAUCAUCGAAAUGCAGCUAAUCACGUGCAAAGUUCAGCCUUGGGUGAAUCAUUGUGGACUUUAAAUUCACACGAACCUCCUGCGCAAAAAGACGCAGAAACAGAAGCAGGCCAUUCGGCACAUUGA